CAGAGUCAGCACUGUGACCAACAUGCGCAUACUUCUUGCAACCUACAUAGUCAUCAUAGUAGCUCAUGGCGUCCUCCUACUACGUGGCUACGCCUGCGUGAGGGUGAGGUGAUCACGGGUAAGCGACAAGUCACCCACAUGGUGACCUUUGCCCUCAGCCCGAUUAAGUGUGGCUACACGUGCAGGGACUUUGACUGGUGCUCCGUCUUUGUAGCAGAUGACCUGGCGGGAACGUGCGAGCUGCUGGAUCUUCCGAGAAUCUGGCUGAACCUCUCAUCAACUUUCCCGCAUUCCAGCUACUGGGAGGUGCUGGCCAUCAAUGACUGGUGCCCCGUUGAUGCUGGAUUCCACUUUUCCGCCGCUGGUCGCUUCUGUUUCAUUGUCUUUCGCAACAUCACAGCCACUUGGACCAACAGCAGAAAUGAAUGUCUUCACAGAGGACUGGACUUAGUAGUGCCUGAUACUACACUGAAGAUGACAAUUCUUCUCAAAAUUCUUUCGAAUGUAUCAGGUCAGCAUUGGAUCCAUUUUAUCAUAUUGACCCCCAUGCUUAUGUUCUUCUUGGCUCCGAUCCCGGGCACAUGCGCACUGCAUGGUGUUGUGACAAGCUCAGAUACUACUUCCUGUAAAGUGUCUGAUAACGCUCGCUUCAUUUUCCAAAUGCACAUCUACAAAUAUUCCCUCGCAUAG